AAAGUUCACUUUCACGCUCUAUUUCUCUUGAAGCAAAAACGAACUCCCAACAAAUCCCAUCACACAUCUCUUGUUUCUUGAUUUCCACUCCCCCCAGCUUAAACCAAACACAGAAAACCCCAUUUCAACCACUGCCUCCUAGCUUCCUCUCUCUCUCUCUCUUAAAACAAAGAGAGAGAGAGGGAGAGAGGAAUUGUACGUGAGGAGAUGAGGCUUUUCCAUGGAGCAAGAAGCAGCAGGAACCAAGAGAAAGGCUUCUUCUGCUACAGAUAUUUCAAAUGGAUUCUUUGGUUUUCCAUUUCUUUCUAUUUCUUCUCCUCUUUCCUCAUCACUCGCCACAAACCCUCUUCCUCCAUUUCAAGAACAACCGUUGCGCAAAACGAAGCUUCCCGCGCUCUCAUCAUCGAAGAAACAUUCAACUCCUCCCUCCACGAAACCCACGGCGCGGGGCUAUUCAACGGAAUGAAAGUAUACGUCUACGAAUUGCCGUCGAAAUACAACGCCGACUGGCUCGCCAACGAGCGGUGCAGCACCCAUUUAUUCGCGGCGGAGGUGGCCGUCCACCGGGCCUUGCUGAGCAGCGACGUUCGGACGUUCGAUCCAUGGGAAGCCCACUUCUUCUUCGUCCCCGUCUACGUCUCCUGCAACUUCAGCACCGUUAAUGGCUUCCCCGCCAUCGGCCACGCCCGCUCCCUCAUCGCCGCCGCCAUCCAUCUCGUUUCCUCGCAGCUCCCGUUUUGGAACCGCAGCCGCGGCGCCGACCAUGUUUUCGUCGCGUCCCAUGAUUUCGGUUCUUGCUUUCACACAUUGGAGGAUGUGGCGAUUGCAGACGGAGUGCCGAAAUUCUUGAAAAACUCGAUUGUGUUGCAGACUUUCGGGGUGAAAUACGAGCAUCCAUGCCGGGAUGUGGAACACGUGGUGAUUCCGCCGUAUAUAUCGCCGGAAAGUGUACGGUCAACGCUUGAGGAGUCUCCGUUGACCGGCCGCCGCGAUAUCUUCGCCUUCUUCAGGGGCAAAAUGGAAGUGAACCCUAAAAAUGUCAGCGGUCGUUUCUACAGCAAGCGGGUGCGGACUGCAAUAUGGCGGAGGUACGGCGGCGACCGGCGGUUCUACCUACGGAGGCAGCGUUUCGCCGGUUACCAGUCGGAGAUUGUGCGGUCAAAGUUUUGCUUGUGUCCAUUGGGGUGGGCCCCGUGGAGCCCCAGGCUGGUGGAGUCGGUGGCGCUGGGCUGCGUUCCGGUCAUCAUCGCCGACGGCAUCCAGUUGCCCUUCCCCGCCGCCGUGCCGUGGGCGGAUAUAUCUCUGACGGUGGCGGAGGGCGCCGUGGAUACGCUCGGAGAGGUCCUCGAGCGCGUCGCGGCGACCAACCUGACGGCGAUCCAAAGGAACCUGUGGGACCCGUCGGUGAGGAGGGCCCUACUGUUCAAUGUGCCAAUGCUGGAGGGCGACGCCACGUGGCGCGUGCUGGAGUCCCUCGCGAUGAGGCUGGGUAGGUCCCAUAGGAGGCCGAGAGCUUCUACAAAAUGAGUUGGGAUGACGUGGCGAGUGCGGAUUGGUGCAGAGGCCAGCGCUUUUUUUCGAGGUGGAAAGUGAGUGGGUGACAGCUGGAAUCUAUUGGAUUGCUCAGAAACCAAAUUAUGUGUGGGUGUUCUGGCCGUAUUGUGCUGGUGGGGCCCGGUGGUGGUAGCUGAUGUGGCGUGGCUUUAAUGGUUGAUAUUGCGGUUGGCUGCUCAUGUUGUACAUAGACGUACAAUCUAUUGAUUUUGCAUAAAAGGGGAAAAGAAUAGAUAUUUUUGACGAGUAAAUAAUCCAACUCAUUUAUAUUGAGGAUAGAGAUAGAGAUAGUGUAUGGAAAUGAUGAGGUCCGCAAUAUUACCUUCGGUUGAAAAAAUCAGUUUCCAAAAUUGAGAACUACCAUUGGGAGAAAAAGAAACUGGUUUUCAAAAAGAAAUGGAGAAACUGGUUGCGAACUGGGAACCAGUUUUUGCUGACACAGCGGGUCCCAGGCGUGGGCCCCAUUCCUUCAAUUUUCUGUUUUCAGCCCAAUAUUGCCCAAUAUUGGUGUUCCCAUUUUAAUUAUUUUGCUUUUCUCCUUUGAAUAUGUAUGUUACGUAAAAUAUA